GAAAAAAAAAUGAAGCAAGAAAAGCCAGUUUACCUUCCAUUUGUCUUCUUUAGGUGUAUAUUUUUUGUAUAAAAGGAGUGGAAAUGCUUGAUCACAACACAAAUACAAACCCUUUUAUGAACUUCUACUCAAUCAGAAGGAUGAUUACUCUGUCAUCUUCUAGGUCCCUUAACCGCUACCAUGUUCGUUCCGUUAGCUUCCCUGGUAGAUCACAUCCUUGCACAAACAAGAUUGAACAAGUGUUGAACAAGAUUAAAACUUGGGAUUCACCAUUUUCUUCUUCUUCUUCUUUAUCUUCUCCAAAGCCAGAAAAGGUCUACGAACUUCUGCCCAUGCUUGUAGAACUCUACGAAUGCAUAGAACAACUUCUCGCACUUCCCAUCACUCAAAGCCAUCUUUUCCAGCAUCAUCAAGACACUUCAGUCGAUGGGUUGCUAGAAGGAUCCGUCAGAUUCAUUGACAUAUGCAGCAGUACAAGGGAGAUGGUCGUGAUGUCCAAAGAAGCUAUCCAUGAACUCCAGUCCGUCUUUAGACGAAACAAGGUGGGUGAUCAUCUGAACAUUGAGAGUGGGAUUGAUUCAUAUGACCGUUCCAGAAGAAAGAUGCAUAAGGAGAUUGAGAAGACACUCACAGUGUUAAAGCAGGUUGAUAAUGGAGCAGUUUCCCGUUCAGAUUCCCCCAUAAUCAGGGUCCUUGAGGAGGCAAGUCUUGUCUCUGUCUCUACAUUUGAAUCCCUGCUGAUGUUUCUUUCUUCUGUACCAUUCCUGAAACCAAAGCCUAGUAGAUGGUCAUUGGCUUCCAAGCUUAUGAGGCAGAAAGGAGUAUUGACCAAUUAUCAUCAUGGUAAAAAGGACAACAACCUUAGUGAUAUGGAGAAAGUGGAUCUUGCCUUGGGUGAUUUAAUUCUCCAUAAAUGUGACAAAGAGGGAGGAGGAGCAGAAAAGCUUGAGUUGGCUCAAAGAAGGCUGGAGACACUAGACAUCAAGAGUGAAAUUCUUGAACAUGGUUUGGAGGAGUUGUUCAAACAUAUGAUCCGUAUCAGAGUGUCCCUCCUAAACCAUAUUUCUGAAUAGAAUUAGCCAUUCCCGUGUAAUUCAUUUUGGUUGUUUAUUUCAUCUUUGCCUGCAUGUCAAGCUCAAGAUCUUUGAACUCCUGAAGCUAUGAUUGUGCAGGUAAAUGAAUGAAUAAAUGUAUAGGAAACUAAAGGAUGUAACAUGUU